AUGGCCAAUCCACUUUUCCUGAAGUCAAAAGAAGAAACACUUGAAUAUGAUGCAUAUGUAGCUUAUUGCGAUGGAGACUAUCAAUGGGUGUAUGGACCUUUGCGCCUAUUUCUCGAAGAGAGACGGAAUUAUAAACUUCUUCUGUUAGAUAGAGGAGAUGUCCUUGCUGGAGAACAUAGACUUUUUGCUUUAUACAAUUCAAUUCCAAAAUGCAAAAAGAUAAUCUUAGUGAUUUCAAAAGAGUUUGUUAACAAUGAUUGGGCAUACUAUGAAGCUACUGUAGGAAUUGAACAUUUCCUGGGCUUACAAGCGAGAAUAAUUGUUAUAAACCUGGAAAAUAUAACCAAAACAGAAAUACCGCAAUGUGUUCUUCAAAUGAUGUCAUUGGACGCCAACGAUCAUAUUCGCAAAACAGACACAUUAAAUGAAAAUAACAUUUUCUGGAAAUGUUUAGAUCAAGCAAUGCAACGUUAA